UCAGGAAUAGUAUUCUUAAAAUAUUUCCUUUUGACCAAAAGUCAAGUCGGUGCAUAUAUAUUAACAUUUGACCCGAUUAAACUAUAUGCUAGUUAUUGUGCAUUGAGCGCAAUUUAACCUAAAAGUGGCUGUGGGGGUGGGGAUACGCGCGUCUCACUCGUGUAUUUGUCUCAUCGGCAAUCUAUCAACCUUAUAUUCUGUGACGGUUUCCUGCCAAAGCUGCAUUAUAACCACAAACAUUUAAGUCGUGACGGUAAAUGGUGUCUAUAUGUUGAAGGGAAUAGGAACUGAGUGAGUAAGUGGGUCAGCAGCUGACCGAGGGGCGGAUACGUUCAUUGUGAGCCUUUAACGCGCGCUUUUUUUUUUUACGCACAAGCAAGCGCACAGUACCUUUUAUGCGGUCUAAGCUACAUGCUAACUUAGCCGCGGGUCCACAGGACACGAAUUCGCUCUGCAGGUAAUCGAUCGGAACUGUCGUCCUUCGCGUCUAUAAGGUGAACAAUAUCGUCCUGCAACAUUUUGCCAAACAACUCUGCAAUGGGCAAAAAGUCUCGCGAAGACGACUCCUCAUCAUCGGAUGAAGAAGAGUAUGUUGUGGAGAAGGUGCUGGACAGGAGGGUGGUGAAAGGCAGAGUCGAGUUUUUUCUCAAGUGGAAGGGAUAUUCAGAGAAGCACAACACAUGGGAACCAGAGAAGAACCUGGACUGUCCAGAGCUUAUUUCUGAGUUUAUGAAGACCUACAAAAAAAGUGGGACCUCUACUCCAACUAGUGGGGGCAGCAAGCCAAGCACAGCCCCGGCUGGACGUACAAAGGACUCCGGUGGCUCUAAGAAGAGGGGCUCGGAUGACGACGAGGAGGGUGGAAGCAAACCUAAGAAGAAAAAGGAGGAGGAAAUUCUAGUGGCUCGUGGCUUUGAGAAAGGCCUUGAACCAGAAAAAAUUAUUGGUGCAACUGACUCGUGUGGUGAUUUGAUGUUCCUAAUGAAGUGGAAAGACUCUGAUGAGGCCGACCUUGUGCUUGCCAAGGACGCCAAUCACAAGUGCCCGCAGAUCGUCAUAGCCUUCUACGAGGAACGCCUCACCUGGCACGAAGACAGCGACAAGAAGGAGAAGGACGCUGUCAGCGCGUGAGUUGCUCACCUCCAAAAGGAAAGGGCAACUUCCCCGCUACAGGGACAACCUUGAGUCAGACAUUUUUUUUUCUCCCUCACCCAUCCCCUCCUCUGUACAUUGUCCAACAAAGACACUAAUACAGUGGACACAGAUCCUCAGCCAUGACCCACUGGUGCUCAAGGGCCCCCACUGCUGAGGAGGAUCCAUCACGUAUAGGAGAGGCUUUGGCAGAUAUGGGUGAUGAUAUCUUUUGGGAGUGUUUCUACUGUUCUGUCUUUGUAUUCUUGACCUUCUUUUUUCCAAAAUGUUUUAACUCACCCUGUUUUGUAAUCAUGCUUCUUAGAUAUUUUGCAUCCUCAAGCACAUUUGAGUCAUCAACUGCAGUCUUUUGUGGGAAAUGUAAAAAAAAAAACCCGGCCAGCUGGUCAACAGUUAUCUUGUUAAACACACACACAUCAUUCUACUGCAUCAUUUGCGUUUUAAUUCCCCUGUUUUAAAAUCUUAUCACUAGAAACAAAACACACUCAAGAGGUCAUAGGCCAAUUAUAUUAUGUAUAUGAAAGUAGUGACAAUAUCCUUGUUUGUUUGUGUUUUACAUUUUAGACACUGUGUUGUGUUUUUUAAUUUCUCGAUGCUAUUACAGUACAGUCCAAUUACAAUAAAUUGAGUUUUUGCUCGUA